UCUCCGUCGUGCUAAGUUCGAGAACGGUUUGUUGCAGUUCUUAGCGAUAGUCGAAGCUUCGCAAAUCGAAAUCUGCUUCGAACAAAACAUAUCAGUCCGAGCAUCGUUUUACCAGCUAACUGCACCUAUCAGGUUGGACCUUAGGUAUGAAAUCGUUAACCAGAACACUUCCGAAUCAGAAUUUUGCAAUCACUGUGCAGUGCAAUCGCAAGACCGCAAACUGAAAACUCACCUCAUGCGAAGUAUCAUUUUCAAACCGGACUGCGAGCGAGACGUUUGUGCCACUAAUCUGAAACUACAAAGCAUCUUCCGCAACUUCGAGUCUCCAUUUGUGCUAAACAGUAGCCACAUCUUGGAGAUCAGCUACAAAAUUCGCAACUUGGGUGAAGCUGCCUACGGAACGGUUUUGGAAGUGGCUUUUUCUCAAAAUGUAAGUUUCCUGAAGAAAAUGGACUUUUGUGAAGAGACUCCCGAAGGGUUAAGCUGUAUGAUCAACUACGGACAAGCAGUGAGGCAAGGUUCGGAUGUGUUCGUUAAUUUCACCCUGGAUGGGCACAGAUUAACGGGAAAGCAACUGACAAUCCAAGGACGGCUGUUCAGCGAUGGAAAUGAAACGGUCAGUGCGGAUAACGAGAUACUGGAUGUCAUUCAGCUGAGAAGCUUGAGUAAUUUGGUUGCAGUUGGAUCCUACUAUCCAUCUCAUAUAAAUCUACAUGUACAAAACUCGAAUGUUACAAUUCAAACUAAGUUGGACGUCUAUAAUUUCGGACCGAGUGAUAUGACGAAACCUUACGUACAUUUGUUCGUCCCGGUAGGCUUCAUUAUUGGUAAAACGAAUGUAACAUUUAUUAGAUGGAACGAAGAAAACUUGAAGAUUACCCAUAAAGGAACAGUUUUGAAAUCAACCGAGAGGAUACUGACAAACCGUCCGAAAACCAACGCAUCGAUAUUGUUGAUAGAGAAGUUAAGCGCUCAAGAUCAAUUUUUACUAAACAAAAAAGGAACCACAAUCGUGUGUGACAAUUCUACCGUCAUUUGCAAAAGUGUAUCAUUUAAGUUAGACAGCAUUGUCACGAACAGUGAACCGAUACGUGUCGAGCUGAGCAUGGGAAUUUCAUUGCAUUCCAUAAGGCGACACAUGGACGAUGACGUGGAGAAACUAUCGCUUUACAUCACGUUCGGGUUCGACGGCUCGACGGAAGAGAUUCAGCUGACCACCGCGGGUAGCUUAGUGCUGUACAGAAACAUUGCCGCCGUGCCACUUUGGAUUUACAUUGCGUCUGGCUUGUUUGGAAUAGUCGUUCUCUCGGUUAUCACGUAUGUUCUCCACAAACACCAAUUUUUCAAGCGAAUGGUUCCACCCGACGAAGAGACGGAUAAACCCAGCAUGGAUGGUUUUUCCAAUGUUGCGUUCACCGAGGGCAGCAUAAUGAUGAUAGCAACCAGCUCAACAUGAUAUGUGAUAUUUAACCAGCAAAACUCGAUUCCAGUGAUUCUCAUUCAUACAUAUAAACAUAUUUUAUUA